GCAUGACGCCGCCUGUGGUGGCUCAUUACAUUAUCUGGCAGCCGGAGUGGCAGUGGACAGAAGAGAGGGGAUCCCCGGGAUUUUUACACCGAAUCCAGCGAGAUACUAACAUCAUACUACUGAAUAUCGCGGGGCACUCGACAGAGCCCCUCUUAGAUUCCAGUGAGAGCAGCCAUGUCAGAGGAGGCUGUGCGUCAGACCCGCAGCCAGAAGCGGGCUCUGGAGAGGGACCAUGCGGCUCUCACUGGGUCCACGGGGGACAUGGACAAUAAACGGGUCAAACUGGAGCAGGGCGACUCGGCAGAGAGCCCACCAGAGCUGGAGGGUGCCACGGGUGAAGGGCUCAAACUGAAGAGCGAGCAGGCGGACAGCAUCCUAAAGGCCGGGGAGGUGAAGGCCACCAUCAAAGUGGAGGUGCAGACCGGAGACGAGCCUGUUGACAUGAGCACAUCCAAGAGUGAUAUUAAAAAGGAAAAAAGGCCUCCAUCUCCAGACGAUGUCAUUGUGUUAUCAGACAAUGAACCCUCCAGUCCCCUCAUGAACGGCCACUGCUUCACAAAGACUGACACGGAUAAACUAAUGAAGAGCUCUCCAGAGGAAAGGGAGCGAAUUAUCAAGCAGUUGAAGGAGGAACUUAGGCUCCAAGAGGCAAAGCUGGUGCUGCUGAAGAAACUCCGGCAGAGUCAGAUACAGAAGGAGAGCACUGUUCAGAAGACUGGCUCAGUGGCCACUCCUCCACCUUCUGUGCGUGGUAGCAUUACAUCAAGUAAAGGAUCUCUGCAGGUGACGGGUCGUAGCUCGGGCACAGUGGUCCCUCCUCCUUUGGUGCCUGGUGGGCAGCACGUCCCAUCCAAAACCAACUUUCAAAAAGUCAUGCCGCCUCUGGUUAGAGGAGCCCAGCCCAUCACAGUGACAGCUCAGCAGAUGGCCAGUCUCCGACAGCAGCAGCAUAGUGGCUCGGGGCCGCCUCGCCUGCUCCCCGCUCCCAGGGCCUCGGUGCCUAAUGUCCAGGUGCAAGGCCAGAGGAUCAUUGAGCAGGGACUCAUGCGUGUCGCCAAUGUCCCCAACAGCAACGUCAUGGCCUCUACAGGCUUAAAGGGCUCUUCAGUGUCCAACUCUAGUCUGAAUGACUCCCCAGCAAGUCGACAGGCAGCCGCGAAACUGGCACUUCGCAAACAGUUGGAAAAGACGCUGCUCGAGAUCCCUCCUCCCAAACCUCCUGCUCCGGAGUUUAAUUUUCUACCGUCAGCAGCCAAUAAUGAGUUCAUCUAUCUGUUAGGACUAGAAGAAGUCGUGCAGAAAUUACUAGAGAUGCAUGGUCGAGGGAAUUUAGGCUCUGCUCUCGCUCUGGCCAACUGCGUCCCCAGAGAGCCGUACAUCUGUGCCCAGUGCAAUACUGACUUCACUUCCCGCUGGAGGAAGGAGAAGAGUGGCACCGUCCUGUGUGACCAGUGCAUGUCGUCCAAUCAGAAGAAGGCUUUGAAGGCGGAGCACACCACUCGACUCAAGGCCGCAUUUGUCAAAGCUCUGCAGCAGGAGCAGGAGAUUGAACAGCGGAUCUUGCAGCAGGCUGCCUCUUCCUCAUCCUCUGUUUCAUCCAUCUCCAAAACCAGCUCGUCUUCAUCACUGUCCAAGAGUGAUGUGUUGGUUUCACAGUACAAGCAGGUCCAGGCAGCAAUGCGCUCAGUGUCUGCCCACCACUCCAUUAAACAGGUGC